CCGGCGGCGCUACGCGGAAGUGCUGGGAAGCUCAGGCGCCGGUUUGUGUCGGCUUCUCCAGUCCGCGUGGUGAUGCCCGCAGCAGCCCGCAGCCCCCGAGCUGGGGCCGGACCAUGAGCCUGCUGGGCGGCCUGGCUCCCGAGCCACGCACCCCGCUGUCGUCCAGCAAGGCCAGGAUGAAACGGCUCCCGAAGAAAAGUCAGAACGAGAAGUACCGGCUCAAGUACUUGCGGCUGCGCAAAGCGGCCAAGGCCACGGUGUUCGAAAAUGCUGCUAUUUGUGAUGAAAUUGCUCGUCUUGAGGAAAAAUUUCUUAAAGCAAAAGAAGAAAGAAGAUACUUGCUAAAGAAGCUCCUCCAACUUCAGGCUCUAACUGAAGGUGAACUACAGGCUGCAGCCACUUCCCACAGCUCCAGUUUACCCCUGACUUACAGUGUGUCCAGCUCUGUAGGAACUGUCCAGGGAGCUGGGCCCAGCACUGGGGCAGAGGAACCAUUUGGGAAGAAAUCCAAGAAGGAGAAAAAAGAAAAAGGCAAAGAGAACACCAAACUGGAAGUUCUGAAGAAAACAUCCAAGAAAAAGAAAAUGGAGGGAGGUGCUCGCAAGCUGGUUCAGCCCAUUGCCCUGGAUCCCUCAGGACGGCCUGUGUUCCCCAUCGGACUAGGGGGUCUAACAGUAUAUAGCCUGGGGGAGAUCAUCACCAACCGACCUGGCUUCCAUGAUGAAAGUGCCAUCUACCCUGUGGGCUACUGCAGCACUCGAGUGUACACCAGCAUGAAGUGCCCAGACCAGAAGUGUCUAUACACCUGUCAGAUCAAGGAUGAUGGUGUGCAGCCUCAGUUUGAAAUUGUUCCUGAAGAAGACCCCCAGAACACCAUUGUUGGCUCUUCUGCAGAUGCCUGUUAUGAAGAACUGCUCAGGACUAUCAGUGCUACAACGGGGAAACUGGUGCCUAACCUACUUUCAUGUGGCGCUGACUUCUUUGGGUUUUCUGAUCCAACCAUCCAUAACCUGAUCCAGAGUUGUCCCGGAGCUCGAAAAUGUGUCAAUUACCAGUGGGUGAAAUUUGAUGUGUGCAAACCUAGAAAGGGGCAGCUACCCCAGGAACUGCCAGAGAAUGAUACAGCUAUGAGCCUUGAAGCCUUUCAGAGACAGACCUUUGAUGAAGGUCAUGAUGAUUCCGUUUUGCCAGGAUCCUUGGACCUCCCCGAGCUUCAGCAUGCAGCCUUUGUAUCAUCUUACCAACCAGAGUUCCUGACACACGAACCUUUGGUAGACAAUGACCUGCAGCAUCUGAAGUCUCCUUCACAGUGUAGUCCAAUUCAGUCUUCAGAUUGAACAGGAAGGGAUGUGAGCCCACUUCAUUUUCAUCAUGAACUUCUAAACUUAAAGUUUUGGAUAUAUGGGAGAAGGCAAUACUUGAGAAGUAAAGAAGAUACCAGCACAUCUCAUCAGGAGUAUCCUGUGGUGACAUUUUACCCUGAGGAAACCUCAGUUGCUUUAUUUUUAGUAAUAAAUAUCUCAACAAUUCUGCUUACUGUA